GAAUCAUGCAGCACCCUCUAAUUAGUAUACAGAGCCAUGCAAAGUUGCCGUUUCCAGCCCCUCUAUCUCUCGCCAUUUGUGUAAAAAAACGCUCCCUUUCUCUCUCUCUCUUUCUUCAUAACCCUCUUUUAUCUUCUCAUCCCUCUAUUUUUAGCAACCCCAAAUAAGGGCUUUCUUCUUUUCGCUCUAUCUAUCUAGAGAAAGGAAGAAAGAAAGAAAGCUCUUUGCUUUGUUUUAAAGACUUAAAAUUGAAUUUUUUGUAAGAGUAUAUAUGUUUUCAUCUUUUUAUUAGUUUUUGUGGGGUUUGAUUCAGUUGGGAAAAAUGGGUAGAGGGAAGAUUGAGAUUAAGAGGAUUGAGAAUGCAAAUAGCAGGCAAGUCACAUUCUCUAAAAGAAGAGCUGGGUUGCUUAAAAAGGCUCAAGAACUUGCUAUUCUCUGUGAUGCUGAAGUUGCUGUUAUUAUCUUCUCCAACACUGGCAAGCUCUUUGAGUUCUCCACCUGUGGCAUGAAGAGAACACUUUCAAGAUACAACAAGUGUCUCGAAUCCUCAGAGCCUUCCAAAGAAGAAUCCAAGGCAGAGAAACAAGAGCUGAAGGAGGUGGAUGUUCUUAAAGAGGAAAUUGCUAAGCUACAAGCAAAAGAGCUGCAGCUUUUGGGCCAGGACCUGACUGGAUUGAGUUUGAAAGAGUUGCAACAUCUAGAGCAGAAAUUAAAUGAAGGGUUAUUGUGCGUGAAACAGAAAAAGGAGCAUUUACUGAUGGAACAACUAGAGCAAUCCAGACUGCAGGAACAAAAGGCGAUGCUGGAGAAUGAAACUUUGCGCAGACAGGUCGAGGAGCUUCGAGGCUUCUUCCCAUCAACGGAUCACCCAGUCCCAACUUAUCUGGAAUACUAUUCUAUAGACAGGAAGCAUUCUUUCACAAACAAUGGUUCUGCUAGUCUGGACACAGCAUGCAAUUGCUCAAUGGAGAAAGGAGACUCGGAUACAACCUUGCAUUUAGGGUUGCCAACUGAUGCAUACCGCAAGCGGAAGGCACCAGAAGGAGAAAGCCAUUCAAAUGAUUCAGGAAGCCAACUAGUGUUGCUUUGACCCUUCAAUAGAACCGGUAGAGUUGUUUGUAGCAGUUUUCAAAGGGUUGGUUCAGACAAACAAAAGACAAUCCUUCAAAGUAGCAGUUAGUGUUCCUUCAGUUUCAGAUGUUUCUAUUUGUAGGAGAUAAACUGAAAGUUCAGGAGACAGAUGGAAACUAGCAGUAGCAGCAGUAGUUAGUGUGUUACCCAUUAUGAGUAAUGGGUUUACAGAUCUUUUUGUGUAUUUUUCAUUUCUCAACUGUAUCAGAAUAGAAUGCACCUGAGACAAAAAUCUGGUUCUUUUGAAGCA